AUGUGCACGGUGGGGGAAUCCAAGGUCACCAUUUGUGGACCUCCGGCUCAGGCCACAAAUCUGCUUCAGCAAAUCUUGGGUCUUGGUGGUGGUUAUCCUCGCCCUUCAUCUCCUCGUGACUCUGAGGGAUCUUUUGACUUGGUAUCCUCUAGGAGUGUCUCUGCUGCUCCAACUUCUCUGCCUGCUCCUCGUGAAGAGACACGUGCAGAAAUUGAGGCCACCUUUGACAUCUGCCCUACAAGACUCCUUGACGCCUCGUCGAGGCUCUCAGGCUCUUCCUUGUCAGGAGAGGAAAGAAUCAAGAGGGCGUGGAAAGCAGGACAGUGGGCGAAGGCGGGGGAGGUUGGCAGAAUUCGCUCUCCAAAUCGUACUCCUCAGUUGGACCUCCGUCCUCGCUUCUUCGCAGUGGUCCGGGCCCGUGGUAUCACAACCCCGACCCUUUGCCGGUCCUCCGGGACCUAUUGGGGAAUCGUUGGUGGCAUCACUCACGGAUUCCCUUCUGAGUUGGAAUCAAAAGCCUACUUUGCUGGCGCAAGCAUCACGGAGUUUGAUCAAGUAGAUGGUGGAAAUGCAGAAACCGAAGAUGGAGUUCUCGGGCCUUCCUUUGUUGUCAGGGUCCCUGCAGUGAUCUACGAGGGCGGCAUCUUUUCGCCAACUGGAGAGGAGGUGGACGCAAUGGUCAUAGACUGCAAGAGCGACAUUCUGAGGUCCAUGCGGCAUUUUUAUCAUCAAGAAGAGAUCAUUUACAAUUUCGACGAAGAUUCCCCCUAUGCCUUCCCCAGCAUCGACUCGCUGCUCCCCAGGAUUCGCGAGUGGGUUGCCCAGUCAGCAGAGACCAGAGCAGCCUUUUAUACGCCAGCAGAGGAAGAAGAAGAAGAACCUCUGCCUGCUGGGCCGCAGCCCAAAAGAAGAGCGCCCGGAAAGGCUUCUCCUUCCGUAGGUGGAGCAAGGCCAAAGAGGGUCACAACAACCUCACUGGCAGCAGACAUGAAGGGCCUCAUGGAUGUCCUGCCGACAAUCUCCAAGCAGCUCACCGAGAUUUCAGCAAGACAGAGCGUCUUGGAACAAAGAAUUGCCGUGCCCAGCAAGACAUCAGCACCAGCUCUUGGCCAGACCCUCUCUCAAUCUCUUGCCAUUCCUCCGCCUCCAAUUUCAGACCUUGCCAGAUCUCUAAUGCCUCCUCCAAGAACCCAGAGCAAGCAGAACCUUGGUUUGUUGGCUUCCCCAUCUAUGGCAAAACCAGCGGACUUGGUGGAAUUGGAGUCAGAGAAGCAGGCAGAAGAUCAGACAUCUGGCCAGACUUCCGAUUCUGCCCUAGCAAAAGCAGUCCUUGCCCAGAGCCAGGCUCUGACAACGUUGGUGGCGCAGAUAGCAGGAGCAAGCAGCGAUCCGAUGUCAGAGCUCACAGGAGCAUCAAUGGGAUCGGGAACUCGAGGUGCUGCAACACGAGUCCGCCUCCAAGCAGAGUUAGCUCAACACAAGGGCAGUUUCUUCCAAAGUGUUAUGCAGAGCAUGUGCAGGCGGAUGGCCCCGACGUCCAGUGCUACGUUGACAGCGGAAGAGAUGCUGCAGCGCGGGAUCUCUGGGGUCAGAUACCUGGAAAGAUUUGGAGGCUACGGUCGCACCCGCGACCUUGGCCAGUUGCAGUAUCAGGUGAUGAUGAUCUUCGAUUUUCUCAUGGCCGAGAACAUCCCUGCGGCGAUGGACGGAGUUGCCCUUUUAGCAGUGACACUGGAACAGGCCAGUUUGGACGGGGGACGAAUGGAACUAGCAACACUUUUAUGUUUGCAAGAGGACCCACCCUCGAGCAUUUUCAUGCAGAGACAGCUGGCAUCGACGUCGAGGGCGAAGUCCUUCGCGCCUUUAGCCGACCAACGAUGGGUCACCUGUGCACUGGCUUUUCUGACAGAAAUGGAGGUCAUAGCAGCGAAAAGGGCAGAGAUGAGUGCAGGUCCAAAGGGGUCUUUCGAGACUACAUCAGAAGCAUCUGUAGCAGCUCCCAAAGCAAAGCCAAAGGGAGCCCCAAAGCGCAAGGGAAAAGGGAAAGGUACAGACAAAGCAGAGGAGGUGGUUGAUGAGAUGCCGUACAAAGUUUUCUUGGCAUCUCUGGCGCUCUUUCACUGCAGAAUGGCGGGCACAACCAGCUUCGCCAACCACAGCAUUCCCUCUGCCUGCCGCUCAGGGCCUGAAUUGGGUGCAUGUUUGUUUCAACUGGAGAAGUUCCUGGAGAACCAUCCAGAGCUGAGCCAAAGUUACGUUCAGCACAAGCCAGUGACCUUCAGUGAGGACCCGCAGCUCCUGCCCACAGCAGAGUUCCCUGAGCUUGCGCCCUACAAGUCACUGAAGGCAAAUAGAUUGAAAUUGGUAGGAACUGGAGCGUGGCCUAUGGCAGAUUUUCUCAGUGGGCCGCUAUGGCUUCCUUUUCAAGAACCGCGUUUUCUUUUGCAUGGGAAGCCAGAUGAUUUCCAGGUCUGGCCAUCUUUCAAAUCUGAAGACAAGGAUGAGAACUUGCGUUUGGCCGCACUUUGGGAUGCAAAAGGACUCCUAAGACUUGCAAAGGAGCCCAUUCAGCGAGACCACUUCUCAAAGGUCUUCAAUGCCUUUAAGAAUGAGACCACAGACCGCCAGAUUGGUGACCGCCGCAUCCCAAACUCCAGAGAACUGUCGAUAGAUGGACCCUCACACUUUUUGCCACCAGGGUUCAUGCUGGCCAAUUUGCGCACUGAGCCGUAUGAAGAGCAGCUCAUAGGUUCCGUGACGGAUCGUCGUGACUUUUACCACCAAGCCAAAGUCUCUGAGGAACGUGCCCGUAGCAAUAUGCUCUUCUUCUCCUAUGAUGGUGCGGCUCUCAAGGAUUUUCAUGCUUUCAAGGAGGUGCAGGUGCAGAAACAGACAAAAGCUGGCAGGGAGCAAGUAGGCGAUGGCUUUGAGGAAAAAUUUGGUGACCAGCAGCCGCAGAGAAAGGAUGGCGAAUGGAGGGCUACUGAGAGACAGCCAGCGUCUGAAGGGGCAUUCCACUUCCCCCUUGGAAAGAAGUUUGAGGGCCUCAUCAUCGAUGACUAUUUUGCCAUUGGGUGUGAGCCUGUCGGAACAAGUUCCUUGAACUCGUUUGCUGCAACAGCGUUGGCAAGAGCAAGAGAAGUCUACGAUAAGGCUGGUCUUGAAGGUUCCCCGGAGAAGGAUGUUGAGGCCCAGAAGGUGUUCAAAGCAGCAGGAGCCGAAAUCAUCUCGAGUGAUGAGGCUGUUGCAGCUGGCCUUACAACAGUGGCAGCCCCGUUGGCCAAGAGAAUAGCACUUUCAACGCUCUCUCUGCGGGCUGCACGUUUGGGCUCUAUCACUCCAAAGCUUGCGGCUCGAUUGGCAGGAAGCUGGACCUCUGUGUUGCUAUAUCGUAGGUGCAUGACUUCGGCAGUUGAUGGAUUUUUCAAGUUGGGGUCAGAGGCUGAGAAGUGUGGCUCAAAUGUUGCGUUUCCUUUGCAGAGAGGUAUUGCCCAAGAGUUGAGUAUUUUGGCCGCUUUGGCUCCACUGGCAGUUUCAAAUGUUGCGGUGAAGUACAACCCAAAAAUCUAUGCCUCUGAUGCCUCUUUGGGCCUAGGAGCUGUUGUUGCCACAAAAGCUGAACCAGAGGUAGUCGAGACGCUUUGGUUGGGAAGCGACAAACGUGGCUGCUACACCCGUUUAGAUGGCCCAAAUCUGGCUCUUCUUGCGGCCGCAGGUGAAGAGGUCCACGAGGGUUUUGACUUUGGGCCACCUGAACACCCGAAGAAGGGGCUCUUGCUUUACUUUGAUUUUGUGGAGUUCUUCGGGGGCUCUGGAAGAGUUUCAGCAUGCAUGAAGGAUCUUGGCUUCACAGUGGCCCCUUGCCUUGACUUGUCAGCCUCAAAGCAUUACAACAUGACAGACAGCCGCUUGCUGGAAUGGUGUUUGUAUAUGAUUGAAGAAGGGCGUUUCAGGAGUUUCUUGACGGAACCACCCUGCACCAGCUUCAGCCCAGCAGCCCAUCCAGCCGUGCGAUCAUACUCUCAGCCGGAAGGUUUCAAUCGCCUGUGCCCCAAGACCCGGCUUGGAAACCAGCUUGCUUUCAGGUCUUUUGUUUUGUUGCGGCAUGGAAGGAGAUUCAGACGCCCCUGCGGAAAGGAGCAACCAAGGUUGUCAAAGAUGGCAUGGAUGGCUGCUUGGAAAGCCAUGUUGAAGUUGGGGUUUGAGGAAGCAGUCAUUGCCAGCUGCCAAUUUGAAUCCAUCCACAAGAAGGAGUUUCGCUUCCUCCUCUACAUGCUCUGCGCUCAAAGACUCGAGAGGCGCUGCCCUGGAGGUCAUGAGCAUGUGAAGAUUGAAGGCAGCCUCACAGAAGGGUUUGCGAGGGCCCUGAGAAGGUUGAAAUUACUUGAGGAGGAAGAGGAAAUAGAUGUGAGCGGCCAUGAAAGCAUCGCCGUCAAUGACAUCUUGCAAUCUUCAACAUGGCGGACUGAAAAGAAGUGGCACUGGAAGAGAAAGAGCCACAUAAACAUCUUGGAGGCGCAUGCUGGCCUUGGAGUUCUGACAGCAGCUGCUGCUGACCUUCCAGACAGCAGAUGCCUUGGGCUCCUAGACUCCCGGGUUGCAAAAGGAGCUUUGGCGAAAGGGCGCAGCUCUUCCACUGGGCUUCAAAAGACAUGCAAGAAGAGUGCUGCAAUUCAGUUGGCUUUUGGACUUUACCCUGGUUGGUGUUUUGCCCCAACAAGGCUGAACGUAGCAGAUGACCCAACUAGGCGAUGUGCCCUUAGGAGCCCAUCCCUUCUUUGCAUCACCAAAAAGCUUUCAGCAGCCCAGCUUCAGGCAGUCCAUUCCCAUCUCCUCUCGCGAUGGGCAGCAAACUGGUCUCGCCUGGUCAUCCUCCUGAUUAUCUGCCAGUCUCCAUCGGAAGCUACAAGCACUCUACUGCCUGACCAAAAGCCCAACUGGAUUUCUGACCUUGCUUCAGCCGGCUCCCUCCUCCGGGUCUUCCUUGUCGCUCUACUUGACUUCGAGCCUCCAAGCAUUGAUUUGCCUGCUUUGCCCAGCUUCAACAUCUCUUCCCCCCAGCCGUAUCUCCUUUGGACUCUUUGCAUUGGACUUGUGACCAUUUUCCUGGCAUCUUGCGGUUCUGUGGGCCUGCGAGGUUCUUUUGGUAGAGGUUGUCCCAGUGUUAAGGGUGCCCCCGGUAGGCUGUUGUGGAUUUUGAUUUGUGGAUUUUGGGUAGCUGAUGCCAUGGCUCCGCAGACUGCUUUGGAAAGAGGACGAGCUGAGCGAAGAUCUGGAAACAAUUUGAUUGCCACCAGGGUUGCUAGGCAUGACACUUUGGAGCGACGUGAAAAGCUGCUGACUGAUUUCAGAGUUUGGCUGCAUGAUCAACACAAGGUACAUCUUUCCUUGCUUCUGACUGCAAAACCUCCUGAUGCUGAAGAGAUAUGCAAGUGGCUCAUCAGCUAUGGUCAGGAAAUGUAUCUGUCAGGGAAGGCAUACGGAAAGUUCGCCGAGACCAUCAAUGCAGUGUCAGCAGCGCGUCCGGUAGUGAGGAAACAACUGGCAGGUGCUUGGGACCCAGCUUUCGCUUGGCUGACGGAUGAGCCAAGUGAACACCAUCCUGCACUUCCACUGUCCAUCUUAUUGGCAAUGCUUGCAUUGGCUUUGAUGUGGGGUUGGCCGCUUGAAGCAGCAGUUUUGAGCUUAACCUGGUGUGGAAUUUGCAGAAUAGGUGAGGUCCUGAUUGCGCAACGUUGUGACCUCAUACUCCCAUGUGACUCAGCUCCUGGUGUGACUUUUGGAUUGUUGAGGAUAAAAACCCCUAAAACUAGGGGACGUGCAGCCCGACACCAAGCAGCACGCAUCGACCCUCCAGAUAUCCUGAAACUCUUGACAGCUGUGUAUGCGAAGGCCCCGCCGACCAGUUUGCUGUGGCCUUUUUCCGCAUCAACUCUGAGGAAGAGAUUCAGCAAUCUUUUAUCUGGUUUGGGCCUGCAAACAACAAAGAUCAAUGGGCGUCGCCCUUUUGACCUAGGAUCGCUCCGUCCUGGUGGUGCAACCCACCUGUUGCUGACGACCGAAGACUCAGAGCUGGUCAGACGCAGAGGUCGUUGGGUCACAGGGAAAGUGAUGGAGAUCUAUUUGCAGGAGAUUUUAUAUACGACCUUUGCUGAAAAACUGGAUUGGAAAACGCGAGUCAAAGUAACGCAGCUUGCAGGAAACUUUCCAAGGCUGCUUGACUGCGCGUCAGAUUUCCUGAACUCAGCAAUUCCCCCACAGACAUGGUGGCGACUCUUCCAGGCCAGUGACAAUGAGGAGCAUGGGGAGGAAAGGGGAUAG